AUGGCUAUCAAGCCCACAGUAGAAUCAAAAGUGUAUACCAAAGAGGGAUACAGAACCCAUCAAAUUCAAGCACAAUCCAUGGCGGACGAAUUCACAGAAGAAGAAUCAUAUUCCUCCAUGUUACUCAUAAAGCUUAUGAGCAAAAGAAGAACAUGGGUUUGCCUAUUUGCAGCAGUUUACUCAAUUUUACUAUAUCUUUCUUGGAAUUUUUUAAAAUCUGUACUUUCUUGGUAUGAAUCGACCAUGGUAAGGUCAAGUGCAUCUGGGUGGACAGUUUUGAGUGUAUCGGUGGUUUUGGGGGUGGCGUUUGGGGUUCUGUCGGUGGUGGCCGCCUUGGCUGUGGCGGUGCCGGCGACUCUAGUGACGUGGAUUACUGUGCUUGUGCUUUUGACUUUUUGUAGGAAACCCAGAAGGGAUUUGGUGGUGGAGGGCAAGAAAUUGACGGGUGAGAUUAUUGGGUUUGUGGUUAAGGUUUUGAUUAAGGAAGGGAAUGUUGUGGCUGUAAUUUGUGCUGUUCUUGGCUACUUUGUACUCGUUAGGAGUAGUAGUAAGUAG